AUGAUGAUUCUUCAUUUUUUAUUGCUUUUCCCAACAAUUUCUGCUUCUUUGAAUUUUACUCGUCUUCCAUAUACGAAUCCUCCUCCCCCAGCAAGAUGCUAUAAUGCUAUGGAUUAUGACCCAGUCACUAACUCCCUCAUCAUUUUUGGAGGUAUUAAAAGCAACACAGAGCUUUAUAGAGACAUAUGGCAAUUUGAAUUAAAUACAAAGUUAUGAAAUAUGCUUGAGACAACGUCGUCUUACUAUCUAGGUAUGUUUUAA